AUGGAUGCAAGGUUUUUCUCUCGGAGGAUGUCAAGUAGUGGAAAGAUAUUGAGCGAAGAGGAAAGAGCUGCAGAAAAUGUUUAUAUCAAGGGUCCUAAACCAGAAGACAAAGCAACUGCAGGCCCGGGGGAAUCGAUAACUGAUGCCAAGCCAAGUGGCUCAAGCUCAGGUUCUGGAGCAUCAACUGCCAAAGUAUCAACUGACAAGUACAUGAAUUAUGUUGUUGUCGCGGGUGUUGUGACUGCUUUUGCUAUCCUGGCAUGGUAUAUGAAGGGAAGUGAAAAGAAGAUAGAAGUGCAGGACUGA